AUGAAUACUUCAAGACUAAAUAAAUAUUCCAUACUUACUUUCUGUCUAAUACUAAUAACCUUCAUUUCUUCUAUGUCUCAAGCCAAAUCCACAACUUCUUACAUCUUAAGCAUCGAUAACGGAGACAAAGCUACAACUGACAGUAGUAGUGUAUUACAAAAUGUUAAAACUUUACUAACUGAAUUUCAAGGUGUUGUCACACAUGAAUACAGUUUGAUUAAUGGGUUAAGUUUCGAAAUGGACCCAAAUAUUUUCACUACAAAUGUUCAAGAUAAAUUAAUCUCCUUAGGUGACAAAGCUGGUGUUAAAGUCAAUAUCGAGAAAGACCAAGACGUUCAUGCAUUUACUGGUAAACAUUAA